GACACACUGAUCAUUCUGGAAGCACAAGUGUGAUGGAAUUAUGGAUUAAUUCACUCUUCUGCUUCUAGAGUUCUCCUAUCUGGUGUCAUUACUUAACCAACAACCCCCACCAGAGACAUACUCAAAGCAAACCAACCUGCAUGAGUACACAGAGAGAAAAGAAAACAUCAUGUCAAGACAACAAAGUCAACUCCAGAAUGAAAUGGAGAUUGUUAAGAGUAUCAGGAAACUGACCCCAGAGGAGAGAAGGAAAGAGUGCAGAAGAGAGAUGUUUAGAGAGUUGAGGGAAAUGGAGAUGGAGCGCAGAAGAGCUGCUCUGGAAGGGCUUCAGACGUGCAGGAGAGAAAAAGAGGAAAGAGACAAAGAAACUGAAAGAUUGAACAGGCAGAAAGAGAGAAUUGAGGAGGAGAGGAGGCAGGAGGCCAAACAGCGGGACGAGAGCAGGGCAAAUGAGCAAAAGGCCCUGGAGAAACAAAAACAAGACCAACUGAAGAAAGAGAGGCUCCACUGGAAGAAGGUGAUGAUGGUGGAGGAGGAGCCAAACACAGGGCCCAGAUUCACUCUGAGUGAUCUGAAAAAGGAGCAGCAGUGGAGGAGCGACGAGGCUGAGCUUUGCCGCCUGCGAAAAGUGGACAACGAAGCCAGCUUUAAAUGCCUAACCUCCGAGCUGAAGGGCCAGGAGCAGAGUAAAAGAAAAACUCUGUGCAACAACUGGGUUGGAGAGCAGAGUACAGACAGUGAGACUGACGACGAGAAGCUCCCACCAAAUGGCUCCACCCACACCCCCUCCACUGAGAAAGCAAGCCCCGACUUUGAAGCAACACCAAAGUCCACUGAAUCCCUGCUGUCGCUGCAGAAGAAGCAGAGCUUUGGACUCUGCUUUGAGAAGUACUGGGAUCAGGUGGAGAGGAGGAGGAGGAGGGAGGCUCGCAGGCUCAAAGCAGAGGAGCGCUAUGCAAAGUGGGCCGCCUUCAAGGAGAGGCGCCAGAGACUUUUGUCUGAGCAGGUGCACUGAAGGUUUCACCAUGUCCAGAAACAGCAUCCUCAAAAAAUCCAUCUUCUGAAUGUAUAUGUAGAAGGGAUUUUAUUGACUGUUUUCUGAAUUAGUGUAAUUAAACUGCGCUGCAUUGAAAACAUCUGAG